UCACAGGAAGAAGAAGAAGAACAUGCGGCGGUAAGGUUACGUAGUGGUGCUGCUAUUUUGGACUAGGUUACUCUACGUUAUUCUCUACUAUUCACCUGUGCGAACUGUGCUCUAGACUCAUCCUAAAGUCCAUACCUCCCCCUGCACGUCCUCGGGGCACGGUUGGUCACCGAGAGAGUACCGGCAAUGUGACUACUGUGACGGCAAUGUGUUGGGGAGAUGUGUAGCAUUGUCUGUGGCGCAGGGUUGGGCACCCUGGUGAGAGUUGGUCACCACAAUCUAUGUCCAUGCUACAUCAGGAGAGUGUCGCAGAGUGUUCUACAGCCCUGCACCACACGCUGGGCACCUCACUUGAGGUUGUUCAGCCAAAGGUUCAAGUCUUCUGCUGCCCUGCUGAGGAUUGUAGGACCAGAUGGGAGUACAGAAAGCCAGCCAGAUAACAGAAGGGAGAAGACGCAGGCCGUGGGGGAUGGUGUGCCUCGAAGAAAGCCAGUCAGGGUGAUGGUUAUUCGUGGUGCCUCCCAUCUGAAGACCUUGAGGAGUAGAGAGGCCCCAGUGUUGCACCAUGCCAAGGCCAGGGCCAUGGUUGACAUGUGGGAGGCCCCAGCCAGCCUUGCCUCAGCCAUCCCCAACAAGCACACCGAGCAAGAGAUCCAUUUCACAGUGGACCAACUACUGAGAGACUCCAGGAAGUCUCUCCACAUUGCCUCACAUUCUCAGGUCCAGGAUGAAGAGGAUGUGGAGUACAGCAGUGAGAGGAGGACUCGCAAGCCUGAAGAACCAGAGUUAGUGGGAGCUCUUCCACCUGGGGCACUUGAUUGGCGGCCACAGCUUCUAGAUGUCUGGAAUCUGGGCAACUACUAUGCAGAUCUUGCCAAAAGUAGACUAACAGGUCUGGUAGUACUGACAGCUAUAGCAGGCUAUGCCAUGGCCCCAGCUCCCAUAGAAGCCUCUGCCCUACUGCUGAGUGCCCUUGGAACAGGACUGGUGUCUGGGGCUGCUAACUCCAUCAACCAGUUCCUAGAAAUCCCUUUUGAUUCUCAGAUGGACCGCACAAAAAACAGAAUCUUAGUCAGAGGUUUGGUGAGUCCUUUGCAUGCAAUAAGUUUUGCUAUUGUGUGCAGCACAGCAGGCAUUGGCAUGCUGUACUGUGGUGCAAAUGGACUCGCUGCAGCUCUGGGUGCGGUUAAUUUAGUGUUGUAUACAAGUGUCUACACACCUAUGAAGAGACUCACCAUUGUUAACACUUGGACAGGUGCUGUUGUUGGUGCCAUCCCUCCCCUGAUUGGAUGGGCCAGUUGUGAGGGGCAGCUGAGUGCUGGGGCCUGGGUGAUGGCAGCCAUCCUUUAUGCCUGGCAGUUCCCUCACUUCAAUGCCCUUUCCUGGAACCUGAGGCCAGACUACUCCCGGGCUGGGUACCGCAUGAUGGCAGUGACUGAUCCGGAUUUGUGUCGGAGAGUCACCCUACGGUACAGCCUGGCCAUGGUGGGGAUAUGCACCCUUGCCCCUGUCAUUGAUGUCACUACAUGGACAUUUGCUGCAGACUUGCCUUUCAAUGGUUACCUUGUGUACUUGGCAUGGAAGUUUUAUCAAGAUGCAGACAGCAAGAGCUCUAGAAAACUUUUCUUCUUCUCCUUAAUUCACUUGCCAGUGAUUUUAACAUUAAUGAUCAUCAGCAAGAAGCAUUAUGGUAGAAAUAAAAAGGCAGAAGUUACUGUAGCCAGUGAGGGUAUUGACAGUGGGACAAGAGAUCAGAUAUCCUGUCCUUUAGUUACCUGAUGCGAGUGUAAUUUAUGUAUGUAAUAAAUCAAUGUAUAUAAGUAAAUGAGUGAUAUUUUUAA